GCAGAGGCAGAGCACGUUCAGCGCUUCAGGAACAGCCUGAGCUAGCACAGCGUGUAGUGUUCUAGGCUCAAAAUGUCUGGAAAGAGUUUUCGAGUAAGCGAUGGGGACUGGAUUUGUCCCGAUAAAAAGUGCGGAAACGUAAACUUUGCAAGGAGAACUAGCUGUAACAGAUGUGGCAGAGACAAAACCACUGAAGCCAAGAUGAUGAAAGCAGGUGGCACUGAAAUUGGUAAAACUUUGGCAGAAAAAAGCAGAGGACUCUUUAGUGCAAAUGAUUGGCAGUGUAAAACAUGUGGCAAUGUAAACUGGGCCAGACGAUCGGAGUGCAACAUGUGUAAUACACCCAAAUAUGCCAAACUUGAAGAAAGAACAGGUUAUGGCGGGGGUUUCAAUGAGAGAGAGAACGUAGAGUAUAUUGAACGAGAGGAGUCUGAUGGAGAAUAUGAUGAGUUUGGUAGAAAAAAGAAAAAGUUCCGAGGUAAAAGCAGUAGCACUUCUUCCUCUAAAGAAAGUGAAAAGAAAGAAUCAAAACGGGAAGAAGAAGAGGAGGAGGAGGAGGAGGAGGAAGAUGAAGAUGGUGACCUCUCAAAAUAUAAGUUGGAUGAUGAUGAGGAGGAUGAAGAUGGAGACCUCUCAAAGUAUGACUUGGAUGCCAGUGAUGAAGAUGAGGAUAAGAAGGAGGAGAAGAAGAAGGGCAGUCGCUCAGGCUCAUCCCGCUCCCGUUCUUCUUCUCGCUCCUCCAGCUCAGCCUCACGGUCCAGGUCCAGGUCCCGCUCUAGAAGCUCGUCCAGCUCCAGGUCUGGCUCUCACUCCAGGUCCCGUUCCAGAUCCAGCUCCAGGUCUGGAAAGGGCUCGUCUCGGAAGGCCUCCCGCUCGCCCUCCUCUUCCCCCGAGAGGACACUCAAACGCAGUCGGUCCCGGUCCUCUUCUGGAGGGAGGAAACGCAGGCGCUCUAGAUCCCAUUCGUCCGAAAGGAGGCGUGGGCAGUCCUCUGGGUCAUCAAAUUCUGGCUCCAGUUCAAAAAAGAAAUGACUUUAAACAGCUUUUGAGCACAUCAGAAAACAUAAGGAAACCCAAUACCAAUGCAUGUUGUGUUGCAAGAUAUCAAAUGCUCCCAUUCAGUAAACUGUUGAUCUACAUUCUUCAAGUAACAUUUACACUUUUUUGUCCUUUGAGCAAAUGCAGUACAACCCAAUCUCUUACCAAGUCUGUAACUGUAGGUGUCCAGACCAUAACUUAAGAAAUACUGUGAAAGGUUUUCACAAAGUCAGUUCUUCUGUGUAGUAGUCAUUGUAGUGUAAACUUCACUUUUUAAACAUGUCAGAGGAACACUUGCUGAGAUUUCUUUUUUCUCCUACCAUUUUAUUGAAAAAGAAUAUGAACAAUGUAGCAAUGUCAUUAUGGCCUUUUGUUUUUGAAGGUAAGUAUUCAUCAUUUUUGAAUCGAUGUAAUUUUGUUUUCUGUAGUUUGGUUUUAGAUUUUGUUACUUUUCUUUAAGGCCAAGUACUACAUUUUUGUCACUGGAAAUGGCUAAUUAUUCACAAUUUCAAAAGAAAUGAGUAACAUUAGAAAAAACUAAUUACCCAUCUGCAGUAGGAUUCAACAGUACAGUAUGUUGUUGGUAAAGCAUCACUAAUGUACACGUGUAAAUAAAACAAUUUUAAAAA